AUGGAGAUUGAAAAUCCGGUUACCAUUGACUCGAAACAGAACAAAACAUGUCUGAAAGGUACAAGAGACAUGAUUGUUGGUCAUUGGACAGUACCGCUUAAACACCGGACAGCCGAACAAGAUGCAGCUGAACAAUGGCUGAUUACAUGCUACCUUGGCAAGAACAAGUACUUUACGUUGCCAUUGCUACGUUUUACUCGAUGGUAUCUCUUUUUUGCAAGCUUUCUUGUGCAAUUCUGUAUUGGUUCGCUUUACGCAUGGUCCGUAUUCAAUAAGCCCAUUGACUUGCAUGUUUACAACAAUGAAAAAGCUGGUCGUGCAGUUAACGCCUUUUACAUUGCGGUUGGCGUUUUUGGAAUGACCACAGCAAUAAUGGGUCCAUGGAUCGAACGUCAUGGACCUCGUGCAGGAGUAUUCAUUGGUACUUCGUCUUUCCUCAUUGGUAAUAUCAUCAUUGCGAUUGGCGUGCACUACAAGGCAAUCACAGCUAUUUACAUUGGGUAUGGUGUUUUCUGUGGUUUUGGCAUGGGACUCUGCUAUAUUUCUCCCGUAUCGACGUUGCAGAAAUGGUUUCCUGACUACCGUGGUACUGCUGCAGGCUUUGCAGUCGGUGGAUAUGGUGCCGGGGCGGUCGUAUGGGCCAAAAUCUAUCUUCCAUGCAUUGAUGCUAUUGGAUUGUCAUCUACAUUUAUCCUCAUUGGUUCGGUGAUGGCUUUUGCAAUGUAUAUGUCGGCUAUCGUUCUGCGCUCACCGCACCUCGAUUUUCAGGUAAGCGGACUUAAUAUGCACGGAGAAGUCAUCGAUCAAGCUGAUAAACUCAUUCAACAUGAUGAGAAGGUCAGUAUUCGGUCGUCUAACGAGUACAAGUUUAUCACGACACCAACCGGACAAGAUAGUCAAGAGAGUGUCGAGCCAAUGAUAGCUACGAACACGUUGGUUCGAAAGCUCACAUUAAUUGAUGCCAUUAAGACGCCGGACUUUGUAUGCAUGUACAUUAUGUUCUUUGGGAAUCAACUCUACGGUCUCAUCGUAUUGUCCAAGCUUUCCAGUAUGUGUACGGAUAUCUUUAACAAGUCUGCCAGUCAAGCUUCGAAUAUUGUGUCCAUCAACGGUGUGUUCAACUGCUGCGGCCGCUUAGUGUUCCCACUCCUGUCCGACUUUGUCGUGCGGAAAUUCAACAUGGAACAUGCUUUCGCUUGUAAAUGCUUGUAUUUCUACACGUUGGCAUCGCAGGCAAUUAUCCUCAGUACGAUCUCGAUUUUUAUGCGCAACAACAACUAUUCUGCGUUUGUCGCGGAAGUGUUCAUCCUAACAGCUAGUUACGGCGGUGGUUUUGGAACGAUUCCGGCUUUUUUGACCAACAUGUUUGGCGCCUUCAAUAUCGGUGCAAUGCAUGGAUUUAUCCUGACGGCGUGGUCAAUCGGUGGUGUUGUAGGAGGCAUCACAUUUAAUCACACGUACAGUGACCAUAUCACGGAUGGUUGGGAGAUCGAUGAAGCGUACAUCUACACAGUUCACCGUAUUUUGAUCAUUGUAAUCGUUGGCUUCGUGGUUCUCUUUUUCGUGCGUACCAAUGCCGCCGAUCGUUUUGCUCCGGGCUACCACCUUAGCCUCUUUGGCAGACGCAUUGUUAACGUUAAGGGCAAGCCGAGUUUAACGAAGGAGGAGCCGCUGCUUGAUUCAGUCUAG